GUGACGUCAUCGUGUCGCUACUAGCGUUAGCUUUCUCGCUCAGUGUGACUCUCUUCAAGGCCGCAGUUAAACCCGUUGUCGCUCUGUGAAUUUAUUUAUUUUUUUACCAGAACCAGAAUGUUGAGCACAGUUGGCCGACAGCUGAAGAGCCACCCGGCUCUGAUCCCCCUCUUUGUGUUCAUCGGAGGCGGCUGUGUGAUGUCUAUGUCUUACCUGGCUAGACUGGCUCUCCGUAACCCAGACGUCUGCUGGGACAAAUCGAACAACCCUGAACCCUGGAACAAACUGGGGCCCAAUGAUCAGUACAAGUUUUUCUCCGUGAACAUGGACUAUAGCAAACUGAAGAAGGAUCGGCCAGACUUCUAAAUCCACAGAAUCUGGAGAAGCCUCCUCCCCUGCGAACUGCUGGACCAAAGGCUUGAGAAAAAUGGAAAAUUAAAGAAGUGAUCUGUGUGUUUUUUUUCUUCCCCCUCCAGCAUCCUCUAACCCAAUUUGAGGAAACAGGCUAAACCGCACAAUUUUGAGACUAAUCAUCUUAAGACCUUUUUAUAAAUUGUUUGGUCUAAAUUUUGCUUGUUUUUAUUCUCUCAUUCUUUGAGGAUGUCUACAGCAACACAAUAAAGGAGGCUUAUCUCCCUUGUACAGAGAA